AUAACGAAAAAUGUCUACAGCUAAGAUAGAUCCUCGUAUAUUCUUUAAUAUUCUGUGUCUUUUAAUUUGUUACAGUGUAUUUGCAGUUGAUAGACGGAAUAUGGUUGCAUUUAAAAUAGAUUUAAAUGAAAAACAGGAAUUGUUUGAGUACCUGGAGAAACAACAUUUUACUCUUUUAUACGAGAUAACACCAACAACUUACAUAUUCAAAUAUAAUGGAGAAGGGACACUUUCACAGUCACUGCAGACAGCUAUUGAUGACAAUAAGAAAAGGAUAGUGGCUGUUGAGUCUGUUAAGAUUCAAGAAAAAAACACCAUUCUACAAGGGAAAGCGGAUUAUUAUGACGAAUCAUCUAGUCCGCAAAUGGCAAGUUAUAUACCGCUUUUAGUGUUAAAAAUACAUUUCACUUUUAUAACACAAUGAGUACUCUUAUGAUUAUAUUCAGUUGGUGCAACUUCUUGUUUUUGGUUCUGUUUAAUUUAUUAAUAUUAAGGUAUGAUGUCGGUAUGAGGUCAUUUCUUGACAUACUGCAACAUCAAGAUUAAUGGAAACCUUUUAGCUUUAAAUAAUGCUUCUGGUAAAUAUUUCUACAAAUUGAAAUGUAAAAGCUGGUGUUCUUUAGUGAAGGAUAUUUCUAUUUUACAUGCAAGACAGACAGACAAAUUGUUACGAGCAACAGCAUGGCAUUACGCGCGAAAGCAUGACGUAGCAAUGUUUACGUUCAAAA